GGAGGGGGGCAGCCAGAUCCGGAGACCCCGAGCGGCGCCCGCCUUGGCCGCCUCCUUGCAGGCAGGGUCGGUUUGGAGCGGCAGAGCGGGCGCCCUUUGCCCGGCUCCUCUGGCCGGCAGCAGCCUUUGCUCGACGGCCGGAGCGUCCCGUGUCGCUCCCAAGGCUGGCGCUGGCGCUGCCUCUCGCCCCGCCCCUCUCCCUGCCGCCACCGAGCGGGCCAUUGUCUGGGCCUCCUCCGCGGCUCGAGGGGCGUCACCAGCAACAGCCCGCUCCGGGUGCCGCCGCCGCCGCCGCCGCCGCCUCCCCUCCUGGAUGUCUCGUCGCCCGGCAGCAAAGACUGGGGCCAGGCAGGCGCUCGCGGGCGCGCUGCGCGUUCACGGAGGAGCAGGUCCAGACCUGUCACUCCCAGCGCGGGGAGGCGGAGGCGCUGCCAGCCGCGCCCGCCCCGACCAGGAGGAGGAGGAGGAGGAGGAGGAGGAGGGAGGAAGAAGCGGCGGCGGCGGCGGCGGCGGAGUUUUGCCGCUUGAUCCGCGCCCGCCCGCCAGUCGGAAGGUGCUCAGCCGAGCGGCCAGCCGCUGCCCCGCGGAGGAGCCGGCGCUGCGCCAUGGCGCUCAGGACCCCAAGGGCCCUCGGCUGGGGGGCGGCGGCGGCGCUGCUGCUGCUGCUGCUGCUGGGCCUGCGGCUGCUGGUGGUGGCCGCCUCCGAGGAGACGGUGGUGGUGCCGCGCCUGAGUCUGCGCUACGACUCCCCCCACCGGCGCCUGGGCCGCUUUGAAAUGCCUCCGGUCACCAACUACACCACGAUGGUGCUGAGCCCGGACGGCAGAGUCUUGUACGCAGGGGCCCGCGAGAUGCUGCUUGCCCUCGACACCAGCGCCUUCUCCCCCGGGCCCCAGCACCGACUGCUGCCGUGGGGGGCUGAGCAGGAAAAGAAGGAGCGGUGUGUCUUCAAGGGCAAGGACCUCCAGAGAGACUGCCACAACUACGUCAAGAUCCUGCUGCCGCUGAACAGCACCCACCUGUAUGCCUGCGGGACCAGCGCCUUCAGCCCCACCUGCACCUACAUAAACACCCCGGACUUCCGGCUGGAGCUGGGCGCGUCUGGAGAGCCACUGCUGGAGGACGGCAAAGGCCGCUGCCCCUUUGAUCCGGAAUACAAGUCUACGGCCAUCAUGGUUGAGGGAGACCUCUACACGGGCACCGUCAGCAACUUCCAGGGCAAGGAGCCCACCAUCUCCCGGAGCCACAGCAGCCGGCCGGCCAUCAAGACGGAGAACUCGCUCAACUGGCUGCAAGACCCCUUCUUUGUGGGCUCCGCCUACCUGCCAGAGAGCCUCCCGCCCAGCAGCCCCCAGGAGGACGACGACAAGGUCUACUUCUUCUUCAGCGAAACUGGCAAGGAGUUCGACUUCUUCGAGGACACCAUUGUGUCGCGCAUCGCCCGCGUGUGCAAGGGCGACGUGGGGGGCGAGCGGGUGCUGCAGCGGCGGUGGACGACCUUCCUGAAGGCCCAGCUGCUCUGCUCCGAGGACGGCUUCCCCUUCAACGUGCUGCAGGACAUGUUUGUCCUGACCCCGGGCGAGCGCUGGCAAGAGACCAUCUUCUACGGGGUCUUCACCUCCCAGUGGGACAGGAAGGGGACAGAGGCUGCGGCAGUGUGCGCCUUCUCCAUGGAGGAUGUGAAGAGGGCCUUCGGUGGUCUCUACAAGGAAGUCAACCGGGAGACCCAGCAGUGGUACACAGACACCCUCCCUGUGCUGGAACCCCGCCCUGGAACAUGCAUCAGCAGCCAGACGCGCCAGAUGAAGAUCGCCUCUUCGCUCCAGAUGCCGGACCGGGUGCUGAACUACCUCAAGGACCACUUCCUGAUGGACAGUGCUGUGCGGAGCCGCCCGGUCCUCUCGCAGCCACGCGCCCGCUACCAGCAGAUCAGCGUCCAAAGCGUCCGGGGCCUGCGGCGGGCCUACGAUGUCCUCUUCUUGGGCACCGAUGAUGGGCGACUCCACAAGGCUGUGCGGCUUGCAGGGCGGCCGGCUCGGGUGAUUGAGGAGCUCCAGCUCUUCCCUGCUGGGCAGCCCGUCCUGGAGCUGCUGCUGGACCAGACCCAGGGCCUGCUUUACGCUGCCUCCUACUCUGCGCUGGUGCAAGUGCCCGUCGCCAACUGCAGCCUGUACCGGAGCUGUGGGGAGUGUCUCCUCGCUCGGGACCCCUACUGCGCCUGGAGCGGAGGUGCCUGCCGGCCGACUGCCCUGUUCCACCAGCAGCCCCCCACCGUGCCCUGGCUGCAGGACAUUGAAGGGGCUGACGUGGCCCAGCUCUGCCCGAAGAGCAGCAGCAGCUCAAGGGGAGACGAGCCGCCGUGCCGGCUGGUGCUGCUGCCCUCCACCGGCGUGAGGCCGCUGCCCUGCCCGCUGCUUUCCAACCUGGCCUCCCGGCAGUGGCUGCACGAGGGGAGCCCCCUCAACGCCUCCUCCUCCUCCUCCUCCCUGCUGCUGCUGCCCGAGGGGCAGCUGGUGCUGGUGGGCAGCCCAGGCCAAGCGGGCCGCUACGAGUGCUGGUCCCAGGAGGCCGGCUUCCGCCAGCUGAUGGCCAGCUACUGCGUCCGGCUGGAGCAGACCCUGCAGGCCUGGCUGGUGCCCGUCCGCGAGCCGCUGGAGGCCAUCGGCAGGAGCACCUCGGCUGACGCCUUGGGGGGCAGCCUCUCGGCCCUGCUGGAGGGCAAGAGCUACUGGACGGAGCUGCUGGUGAUGUGCGUCCUCUUUGGCCUGAUGGUGACGCUGCUGACCCUCGUCCUCCUGCACCGGCACCGCAAGGCCAUGAAGGCUUUCCUCAAGCAGGGCACCUGCACCGCCUCCCACCCCACCAAGCCCCGGAAGCCGGACCUGCCCCCCACAGAAAGCCUGCCCCCCAGUGGCGGCGGCGGCGGCAGCCUGCCGGACCACAAGGGCUACCAGACGCUCAACGACAGCCACGUGGCCAGCACCCCUGUGCACGAUGCCCCGGGCACGGCCUUCUCCGAGUCGGACCGGCGCCCUCUCAGCAUCCGCGAAAGCUUCGUGGAGGUCCUGGCGCCCUCCCAGCGGCCGCGGGUGCGCCUGGGCUCCGAGAUCCGGGACUCGGUUGUGUGAACAGAAAGCAGCCGCCUGUCACGCCCAGCCUUUGCCGGAAUCCGAGAGGGACCCUUUGGGGCCGGCCUCACACCGAAGAACUGCCCAAGGGUGGAGCCCCUGCUGCUUGGGGCCCCCAGCCGGAGGCGCUGACGCUGCAGCGGGGAGCACCACAGGCGUGCUGCGCCCAGGACAGGAUCCCACCCGUCAGAGGCGGUGCAGGCUAGAGCCUCCCUGCAGAGAGAAGGGCUGGGCUGCAGGGCUGCCACCGCGGAGCAGAGGAAGGAGGGCCGAGGCGAGGCUGGGCCGGGGCAGCCGCCCUCCUCCCAGCUCCCUGGGGGCCACGCAGGGGCCCACGCGCCCGGAGUGCUCUGGAGUCAUGAUGUGUCCUGGGCAUGAUGGGGAGUGGUGUGUUGGGGGGGGGGUUGACCACGUGGGGCCCAGCGCCCUGGGUUGUGUUCUGCUCUUGUGCAUGCUGAAGGAGACGGGGAUCGGGGCCGGGGCCCAGGAAGCCCGUGUCUGUGUGUGGUCGUCUGAUGCUCACGGGGAGCGCCUAGGGCUGCUCCUGGCCGGCCGGCCUCCACCGGUCCUUCUGGAAUGUCGGGCCAUGUGAACUCUGCCCCCAGAGGCUCUGGCCUCCGCCACCUGGUGCAGCGGGGAGGGGGCUUGCUCGGGCAACAGCCACUGCCCCCACUGCCCCCCACCCUUCACAAGUGCACUUGCACAACAUGCCUGUGAUAAACUUCUCAGUGUACAUAAAGUUGAUCUUCAGAAAGGA